GACGUUUUUGGGAGGAAGACCGCCCUCAAAUCUAGGGCACACUGUUCUUCAAAAUUUCUCGAUCGAUCCAAACCAGGAGGAAUGGCAGGUCAAUCCGAUCCUCAGCUCUCCAUCUUCACAGCUCCAGAGGUGGAGUUUCUUGCAGAGGAUGAGACGAUUGAGAUCGUCCCCAAUAUAAGGAUGGAAGCUCUCAACAUGAUAUGCGGUGAUUUUGGACCAUUCUUUCCACAAAUAGCUGCUCAAGUGCCGCUUUGGCUUGCGGUAGCCCUCAAGAGACGAGGGAAAUGUGCUAUUCGUCAUCCAGAAUGGAUGUCAGUUGCGAGGCUGACGCAGGUCCUGGAAGCAGAGCGAGAGUCUCCUAGAGAAUUUCAGCCACUGCCUUUUCAUUAUGUUGAAAUUUCAAGGCUUCUAUUUGAUCAUGCUCAUGAUGAUAUUCCGGAUGAAUAUAUGGUGAGGUCUUUGAUUGAGGACAUCAGAGAUGUGAGAUUUCAUAAAGUGGAAAGUGGUUUAGAGUCGAUAUCUGGAAGAACACAUGCAGUGAAGCUCAAAAAUCUUUCAGCAAUGGAAGUGAAUAUAGUCCGGCCAUUCAUUAUAAGAACCUUACAAGCUUUCUACAAGCAUGAUAGUCCACAAAUGAUUCUGCAGCCAGAGGCGGUGGGAAACAGACGGCCCCAAGUCGCAGACCGUGGCCCCAGACGAGAUUUGAGGCCAAGAUAAAUACGAAGAUUAUGCUUAUGCAUUUUCUUGCAAGUUUUGCUGACAUCUCCAUCCAACCUGGUUCCUCCAUCAGAAAUUGCUCUCUUGCAAGCAGGAAAACUCCUUGUCAUUUUAUAGUCAUUAAUUUUCCGGUACACAAUUAUGUUAAACUAAUGAAAUGUCUCAAAGUUUGAUUCGCAUGUUUAACGUUUAUUAACGAAGCUAGUUUAGAGCAUAAUUUUUUUUUUCAAUAAAUAAAUAAUUAUAUGCGAAAAAACUUUACGAAAUGAUCUGUUUGAGUUUAGUUAGUCUUUCGGCCCCCAAAAGAGU